CUGCUUUCGUGGCCGUUCAAAGGCCACUCCAACGGCACCAAAAUUACGCUCAACGCGACGCAACUUUUUGCCGUCCUGAACGCGAUGGAGCAGGACGAGGAGCAGGAAGUGCCCGACAUACGGGAACAAAUGUUUCACAACACGGUCCGGGAGCAUAUCAUCUUUAUGUUACUGUUUCUGUUGCUUUAUCUUGGAAGCUAUGCGCUGAUCAAUCGCUUCAGAAGGCGCGAUCGGGACGACUUAUUUGCUACUGACGACGAUGAAAUUACAGUGUAUCGAAUUAGCUUAUGGUUAUGCAGCUUCUCCUUUUCCGUGGCGGUCGGUGCUGCGCUGCUACUUCCCAUCUCGAUCGCAAGCAACGAGGUGCUCAUCCUCUACCCCAACAGUUACUACGUGAAGUGGUUGAACAGCUCACUAAUACAAGGGCUCUGGAACUACAUAUUUCUGUUCUCGAAUCUGGCACUGUUUGUGCUGUUGCCCUUCACCUACCUGUUUACCGAAUCGUCCGGCUUCAGCGGCCACAAGAAGGGCAUUAUGGCGCGGGUGUACGAAACGUUUACCGUGUUUUCGCUGCUCGCUUUCAUCGUGUUUGCGACCACGUACAUCAUAUCCGCCCUGGGUGAUCCGGAACGGAACACCUUUCAGGCGCUGCUGAAUUUAGCCAAAUGCCAUUUGCCAUUUUUGUACUCGUGUGUGUCCUUUUUUGGUGUACUGUUAUUAUUAGUUUGCACCCCAUUGGGUUUCGUAAGACUGUUCGCUGUGGUGGGCCAGGUGCUGGUCAAACCAAACCUUUUGCGUGACGUGAAUGAAGAAUUCCACGCCUUCAACAUUGAGGAGGCGACCGUUAAGCGCAAGCUGGCCAACGCUAACCUUAACAUAGAGCUAAAGAGUGUAACAACGAUAGAUCUAACGCCUGCCAAACUUUGCUCCGGGCUGGAUGAUUUGUAUCAAAUCAAGACAGCCACUAAUGGCAGUACGCAUGAAUCGGCCAAGCUGUUUGAAAGACUGAGAGAGCUAGAGUCUGAACGUAAAGUGCUAGACAAGCAACGAAGCUCUUCGGCGCUGCAGAGAAAUCUGGUCUAUCCGAUAGCGAUGCUGCUAUUGUUGAUUCUUACCGGCAUUGCGGUCCUGUUGGUCGUGCAGAACACGCUAGAACUAUUGAUCGGCAUCAAGGCUGUCCCGUUAAGUACGAGGCAAUUCACACUUGGGAUUACGUCCCUAUCAAAGCUCGGACCGUUGGGCGCAACGCUGGAGGUGUGCAUUAUCACCUACCUGGGUGUUACGUCCACCGUAGGGCUCUACACGAUGCCGUUCAUGUACAAUGUGCGUCCAAGGCGGCGCAACACUUCCAUGCCGCAGCUCAUUGCGAAUUGUGGUCUCGUGCUGAUCCUUAGCUCAGCGCUACCACUUCUCGCACGCAUUCUAGGUAUUACAAAUUUCGAUCUGCUCGGCGAUUUCGGUCAAAUCGAGUGGUUGGGCAACUUUAUGAUCGUGCUGCUGUACAAUGUGGUGUUCGGGACGGCGGCCACACUGUGUCUGUUCAACAAGUUCACCGCCACCGUGAGGCGAGAGCUGUGCGCUCGGUUAGUGGAGAAUUAUUUCAUCUUUCUUAGCUACCUUACGUUUAUCAUCAAUUGAAUUUGCGCU